AUGUUUGCGCGUCAAGCAUUCCGGUGUGCUCAGCCCUUUCAGCCCUUGAAGCAGGGCUUCCGUAAAUACUCGACCGAGGCCCCUAAGAAGAAGUCGUUGGCUCCCAUCUACGCCACCGUCGGUCUUACCGGUGUCGGUGUUGGCUUGUACCGCUACAACUCUGGUGCUGCUACCGCUCCCGUUGACCGUGCCAAGGUCUUCACUGGUGGUGACCAGGGAUGGGUUGACCUGAAAUUGUCGGAGGUUGAGGUCCUCAACCACAACACCAAGCGACUACGUUUCGAGUUCCCCGACAAGGAGGCGGUCUCUGGCCUUCACAUCGCUUCCGCAAUUUUGACGAAGUUCUCGAAGCCUGGUGAGAAGGCUGUUAUCCGGCCAUACACCCCCACGAGCGAUGAAGAGCAACCUGGUUACCUUGACCUUAUUGUCAAGGUGUACCCCAACGGACCCAUGUCGGAACACCUGCACAGUAUGGAUGUCGACCAGAGUCUCGCAUUCAAGGGACCCCUGCCCAAGUACCCUUGGGAUGCGAACAAGCACGACCACGUCUGCCUGAUUGCCGGUGGUACUGGCAUCACGCCCAUGUACCAGCUGAUUCGUCAGAUCUUUAAGAACCCUGAGGAUAAGACCAAAGUUACUCUGGUCUUCGGUAACGUUAACGAGGAAGAUAUCCUGCUGAAGAAGGAACUCGAUGAGCUGGAGAACACCUACCCUCGACGAUUCAAGGCAUUCUACGUUCUCGACAACCCGUCCAAGGGCUGGACUGGCGGCAAGGGUUACAUCACCAAGGAACUCUUGAAGACUGUCCUCCCCGAACCCAAGGAGGAGAACAUCAAACUCUUCGUGUGUGGACCUCCUGGCCUGUACAAGGCUAUCAGUGGAAACAAGGUUAGUCCUAAGGACCAGGGUGAGUUGACCGGUAUCUUGAAGGAGCUUGGGUACGACAAGGAACAGGUCUUCAAGUUCUAG